CAGGAUCUAAAACUCAACAGAACCAAUGUCUGCGAAUAGGAAUGGUGAUUAUUACAACCCGUUGGCACUCAGCGAGCAUCAUCUCAGAUGGCCGCUUUCCAGCGAUGUUGACAGCAGAAACAGUCCACUGGAUAACUCGGUAGAGAGAAAAUCACGACUUCCUGAGGAACUUCAAGGCCUCGGCAUCAUCGAAUUAGAGGAAGAUUUCACAGGUCUCGCUCCCCCUUAUGAUCUCAGCAUUCCUCCCAACACCAAGAUCAGAUCUGGCAGUUCGUGUAUCGUUUACCCGAUCAGAAACCCUGAUAUAGACACCAAUAUAGACCCUGUCGAUCGCUAUUUUGGCUUAAGGUCAGACCCGUUCCUUGCCUGUAAGAAGGUGGACCUCGACGAAGACGGAUCAUCCAAUGUUGUCAAAUCGGAGACACUGCUUCUCAAAACAUUCAAGGGGCACUGGGGAUGUACCAUUGAGCUGCGAGCUGUCUACUACGUUCCUUCAAAGGGUCGAGGCACCGUCUACCUUGUUUUGAAACCUUGGCUUGAGUUGUCGCUGGAUACUUUCUUAAUGUAUCUCAUAGGCAAGAAGUCCGUGAGAGAAAAGGAGUUAUCUAACAUCAAUUCAUGGUACAAAGAAGAUGAAUUCCAGCACUGGCCUCAAUUUAUCCUGGAUUGCAGCUUGUUCCUGGCUGGCUUAGCCAAUGAACUUUUGACUUUAUCUGGUGACGACAGCAGAAUUAGGCACAGAGACUUGAAACCAGAGAACAUACUUCUCCAGCCUGGAUGGGCGCCGGAAUCCCCUGACUUUCUCAUUCGGCCAUACUUCAUAGACUUUGGGCUCGGGGAGUACUUUUAUGGCAUCCCCGCCCGGUCAUCACACACUGGAACCAAUGCGUAUCUGGCUCCCGAACAGCGUGGAGAUAACCCCCCGAAUUUCACAACAGAUGUAUGGUCUCUAGGUUGCUGCUUUGCCUUAAUCGAGGGUCUCUUACAUUCAGGAAGAGAAGGAGUUGUGCGGAUAUUUGAGAUUGCUCUCGAAGGUGAUAAGGAGUUCCGCGAUCAUAUCAAGGAGGUGAAUGAAUUCUUAGAUGGGAGCCCAACACAAAUAUUACCGAAUGCUCUGGAAGAUUUUCGCACAUCCCUCCGUGUGAUGGUGAGAGAGCACAUGCUGGUGGAGCUAACGCAUCGGUCUGAUGCGCUGAAGCUGCAGGAGGUUUGGUUCCCUAUGAUAGUGAAGUAUAAAGACAGCAGAGGAAACUAA